UUGUUUUGUUGUUAAAUGAAAAAAAAGAUGAAAGUUUGUUUUUCAGUGGACUACGUUAGUUAAUAAUAAUUAAUACUACAGUUAUUUAAUAUGGAAUGCAAUGACAAUAUUAAGGAUUCUAGAAAUCACGAAAAAUUAACAUUAACAGGUAUUAAAGAUGAAGGAGAUUAUCUACUGGAAUAUAACAAUAUAGAAGUUAAAUCUGAAUUAGGUGAAAGCAGUUAUGGACAGGAAUCUGUGUUAGAUGGGUAUUGUUCAGAUUCAGAGGAUAUUAAAAUAAAAAACCAUGUAUUAGAAGAUGUCUCUAAUGAAAUUAAAGUUGAAAUAAAAAAAGAACUGGAGGAGUGUAGCAUUGGUGCUUCACAGGAUAUUACAAAGGAAGUUGCAGUUACCAAACCGUUAAAUUCUCCCAAAGUACAUUUGAAAACUGGCGAAACGCCAUAUGAAUGUGAAAUUUGUAGUGCUUCACAGGAUAUUACAAAGGAAGUUGCAGUUACCAAACCGUUAAAUUCUCCCAAAGUACAUUUGAAAACUGGCGAAACACCAUAUGAAUGUGAAAUUUGUAGUAAGCGUUGUACUCGUAUAAGUGAUUUAAAUACGCAUAAAAUAGUUCACUCUAAUGAAAAACCUUAUAAAUGUGAAAUUUGUAGUAAGCAGAUUACUACAAAAGGUAAUUUAAAGAUACACAUGAGAAUUCACACUGGUGAAACACCAUAUGAAUGUGAAAUUUGUAGUAAGCGUUUUACUCGUAUAAGUGAUUUAAAUACGCAUAAAAUAGUUCACUCUAGUGAAAAACCUUAUGAAUGUGAAAUUUGUAGUAAGCAGAUUACUACAAAAGGUAAUUUAAAGAUACACAUGAGAAUUCACACUGGUGAAAAACCUUAUGAAUGUGAAAUUUGUAGUAAGCGUUGUACUCGUAUAAGUGAUUUAAAUACGCAUAAAAUAGUUCACUCUAGUGAAAAACCUUAUAAAUGUGAAAUUUGUAGUAAGCAGAUUACUACAAGAAGUAAUUUAAAGAUACACAUGAGAAUUCACACUGGUGAAACACCAUAUGAAUGUGAAAUUUGUAGUAAGAGUUUUACGCGUAUAAGUGAUUUAAAUACGCAUAAAAUAGUUCACUCUAGUGAAAAACCUUAUGAAUGUGAAAUUUGUAGUAAGCAGAUUACUACAAAAGGUAAUUUAAAGAUACACAUGAGAAUUCACACUGGUGAAAAACCUUAUGAAUGUGAAAUUUGUAGUAAGCGUUGUACUCGUAUAAGUGAUUUAAAUAGCCAUAAAAUAAUUCACUCUAGUGAAAAACCUUAUAAAUGUGAAAUUUGUAGUAAGCAGAUUACUACAAAAGGUAAUUUAAAGAUACACAUGAGAAUUCACACUGGUGAAUCACCUUAUAAAUGUGAAAUUUGUAGUAAGCAGUUUACUCUUAAAAGAAAGUUAACGGCGCAUAUAAGAAUUCAUACUGGUGAAACACCUUAUAGAUGUGAAAUUUGUAAUAAUCUGUUUAUUACAAAAUGUAAUUUAAAGAUGCAUAUGAGAAUUCACACUGGUGAAACACCUUAUAAAUGUGAAAUUUGUAGUAAGCAGUUCGGUUUUCUAAGUGGUUUCAAUUAUCAUAUGAAAGUUCACACUGGUGAAAAAUCUUAUAAAUGUGAAAUUUGUAGUAAGCUGUUAACUUCAAAAGAUGGUUUAAAGAUACACAUAAGAACUCACACUGGUGAAAGGACUUAUAAAUGUGAAAUGUGUAAUAAGCUGUUUACUCAUAUAAGUAAUUUGAAUACUCAUAAAAGAGUUCACACUGGUGAAACACCUUAUAGAUGUGAAAUUUGUAAUAAUCUGUUUACUUUAAAAAGUAGUUUAAAGGUGCAUAUGAGAAUUCACACUGGUGAAAUGCCUUAUAAAUGUGAAAUUUGCUCUAAACAGUUUGCUCGGAAAAUUUCUCUAAAUACACAUAUGGCAGCUCAUACUGGUGAAAAACCUUAUAAAUGUGAAAUUUGUGGUAAGCAGUUUACUCUAAAGAGUAAUUUAAAGGUGCAUAUGAAAAUUCACAGUGGUGAAACACCUUAAUGUGAAAUUUAUGGUAAGCACUUUACUACAAAAUAUAGUUUAACUGCCUUACUAAUAAAACACUCGUAUUCUAAGGUUAUUCCGUGUAUUUAUAUCUAGAAUAGUUAUCCUAAGUAGAUAUAAUACGAAAAUAAUUUGUUACCAAUAAACUCUGUAUAAGUUAGUUAUAAGUAUUCCCACUUUAUUCCUAAAUUAUAGUUUGGCAACGGCGCAAUCUUCUGCACAAAUGCAUAAAACAACGAUAGAUUGGGUGAACUAUGUCAAUUUUGAUUUUUUUCUAUAACUGACAAACCAAAUUCCGUCAUUUCUUGAUGAACUACCCGCAGUUACUUCUCCCUUUAUGAAUCGUAUAAACUCAAAAGAAAUGUAGAUUUUCAUCAUCAAAUUUUAUUUCAUAAUUUUUUGAUGGGCCUUUGAAUUUUCUGCUAUAUUUUAAUAAAUCGUUAUUUCUUAUUUUAUAUGUUGAAUUUCGAGUAUUUCAUAAAAUGGCUUCAAUUAAAAAAAACGUUGCAUUUAAUGGGAAAGUGAAGAAACAGUAAACAAAUUGAUUUAUUUGACUUAUAAAUGCAAUAUAAAUGUUAAUUUCAGCAUAUUUUGAAGAAUAUGUGAGAUAUUUUCUACAUAUCAUAGAAAAUAAAGACCUUAUUUUUCUUGUAGAGUCGAGGAUAAGCUUUCUCCUCCUCGCUUGUUCACAAUAAGUCAAUCACCUUUUAAGUUUUCUAAAAACCUUACAUCAUGUUUAGGAAACCGGAUUUUUAUUCUGAAUUCCUUAUCAAUGUAUUUUGAAAAGGAAUUUAUGCUUUCUUUGAAAGUUUUCCUUUUCCUGUAUUUUCCAUCAUGUUAAUUAAAUUAUCAACUUCCUGGAUAGCCGCAAUACCUCUUAUUUUUUGAAGUUAUACUUCUUUAGGCGCGAUUGAGAGUUAAAUUUCAUAAUACUGCGCGCAUGCGUACACAAACAGUAGGGUCAGUCAGGGUAAUUGGAAACAAUAUUUGAAAUAUCAUGACAUCUAAGCAUUUGAAAUUUAUUUUAAAAUAUACUGUUUUAUAUUACAGUAAUCCCUCGUUAUCCGCGGACUCAUCAACCGCGGUUUCAUUUAUCCGCGGUUGAGAUAUCUGUUGAAUCAUUAAUGAGAAUGUUUUAUUAUUUUUACAUAUUUUUUAGAAUUUGACCAGUCGCGUUAAAUUACUCAUGAAACGCCACUGGCGCUUGUUCUUAGUAGUAAUACUAUGGCAAUUAGUUUAUAGUUUGGAAGGUUUAAAAUACCGGCGAAUGUAGACGCAGAUCUCAGCGUCUUCAUUUUUGUUGAUAUGAUAAUACUAUUUCACAGAUAAAUAUGCAAUUUCAUCAUAUUUCUUUCUAUGUACUACUAUACGUAUCCAAAUUGAGAUUAUAUGUCACAAUAUGACAUAAGAAUAUUAUUCUUCUUUGGAUCGUGGAUCCCUCGCCAACCACACCCUUCUCUUCGGAACGUAACCCCCGCGGUUGAAGAGGGAUUACUGUAUAAUAAAAUAAAAGCUUUUGGCUAUUAUAGGAUAAAUCUACAGUAGAAUAUCUUAAAAACUAGUACGAAAUAGUCACAAAAAAUAACAUAUUCAAAGUUUCCAUUUACCCCAGAAAUUUUAAGAAAAAAAAUAAAAAUGGGGUAAAAGUAAACAACAAUCUCAGGCUUUUAAACACGUAACAAUAUGGUCUUCAAUUUUGGCUGACCAUGCAGUAGGCACCCUAGUUCCAUCUUAUCAGUUGGUACGUUUCUACUCUUUAUGCAGUUGUAAAUAACGCAAUGUGGAAUACUGUAGUAAGCAGCAGCCUCCCUAUAUGUUAUUUUUUUUUUAUUUUAACAUCUGAUACCUCAUUUUUAAAUCAUUCAAAGGGUAUUUCGUUGGUUCUCUCUUCCGUAUGUACUUCCUCAACAUUUUAAAAAUGGCAAGACCUGUAACAACAUAAAAAAUUGAUUUCCAUUUACCUAACAUUGUUUCCAUUUACCCCUAACAAGUGUUUUCAUUUGCCCCAUACUCAAGAUUUAAGGGGGUAAUUGUGAUUGUGAACACUUACUGCACUGACUUCUUGUAGUAAAUAACAUUCAAAUUAACAUUGUAGGCAAUAUAAAUAUUCUUGUAGUAGCUAUAAAUUAUAUAAUCACUAUAAGUACCUAAUACAGGGUACAGAGAGAUAAAAUUUGUAAAAUAUUGGCACUGUUCUAAAUCGAUUUAUGAGUUUAAAAACAAUCAAAUUUAAAAUGCACAGAAUGGACAUUCACUUGGUUUGUAAACAAAUGAAUAACAUACCACACAAUAAGCAAACAUGGAAUUGUAAUUCUGUGUAUGUGAUAUUGUUGCAAUGUUUCAUUUCUAGCGGUAGGGAGUACUGUUUCCAAUUACCCUGACUGACCCUAUGGCGUUUAGUUGCUAAAUCUUUCUAGUUAUGUAUAAAUAUAUCAGUGCAAGAAAAGGUGUGAAAAGAAUAUAUUAGUGUUUUUAGUAAAUAUAUUUAUUAUAAUUUUUGUGUCUUUGGAUUUGUCUUCCUCAGGAGUAAGAUGAGCAUUAUUAAAACAUUUUAUUGUAUAUUUAUUCACCUUGUCUGUUUGUUACCGUGAAUUGUCAUUAGGUUCGUCCGAACCGAUACAGACACAGUCCUCGUAGCGUAUUUGGUAUAGCAUUUGGCCAGAGAUCGAGAGGUCUUGAGUUCGAAUCCAGUGCAAUCCUAUACUUUUUUUUAUUUUUUUGAAAGCGGUAAGCACAAAAUUAUUUGGUGUUUAAAAAAAAUUAAAACAAACUGUUUAAAGUAUAUUUAUUUUUAAGAAAUGAUAUAAUAGAAGUAUAACUUCUUACGUGCGUACAAAGUACACACACAUUCUUUUUUUAUUAUUAUAUUAUACCUACUCUCAAAACAGAUAAAAAAAUACUAUAUUUGUGUCUCUCAUGACUUUCGACAGUCAUAAAAUAGGUUAUACCUGACUUAAACAAGGGUGUGGGUCGGUAUAAGGUUGGACUAAAUUCUUAUACAGAACGUAAAUCGUUCAGCUGGACAUAGGGAACAUACAUAGGUACAUGGUAUAUAUUUAGAUACAUAAAUACAUACAUUGUAUUAUAUUGAAAUAAUUGUGGCAACUCAGCUCUCUCGAUGAAACUAUGGUUGUUAGCAUUAAGGGGAAUUAACGUCAAAAUUGACAACUCAUUUCGACUGAUACAAAUAAACGGCAAAAUAUGACAAUGUAGUAGCUAAAUAGUUUUGGCCUAAGGAAAUGGGAAAACGGAUAUCGAGGGAAAACAAGUAGAAAGAGUGAAUAACUACAAAUAUCUGGGAACCUGGGUAAAUGAAAACAAUGACUAGGGUAGAGAAAUCAGGACACGCAUUAAAAUUGCAAGACAAGCAUUUAUAAAAAUGGAAAAGAUGUUUGUUAAACGAGACCUUCCUCUGGAGCUGAGGAUAAGAGCCUUAAGAUGCUGUGUUCUCGACUUUGUUGUAUAGAGUGGAAAGCUGGACACUAAAAGUAGAAAAUAUAAAGAAGUUGGAAGCCUUGAUGCUAUAGAAGGAUUUUGAAAAUACCAUGGAUCCAACUAGUUACAAAUGCAGAAGUGUUAAGAAGGCUGCAAAAGGAUUGCGAGGUGAUAAAGAACAUCAAAACGAGAAAGCUAGAAUAUUUAGGCCACAUUACCAGAGGUGCGAAAUAUGAGAUAUUAAGGCUCAUAAUGCAAGGUAAAAUAAAGGGUAAAAGAUCUAUAGGUAGAAGAAGAAUUUCCUGGCUGAGAAACUUAAGAGAGUGGUAUAGUUGCAGCUCAGUAGAUCUUUUCAGAGCAGCCGCCAAUAAGAUACGGAUAGCUGUGAUGAUAGCCAACCUCCGAUAGGAGAAGGAACUACAAGAAGAAGAAGAAUGGGAAAACUGUUUAGUUUUAAAAUUAGUUUUUAAAUAAAAAAUAUUUUAAAAAUUGAAGUAAAAUUAUUAACUCAUUAAUCAUAAACUUUGUUUUUGAUUUAUUUAUGGGCAGCCUUGCUUCAAAACUAUCUCAUUCUAUUUGUUCUAACAGCUCUUUUGCACCAAGAACUCGUACUCAACAGAAGCUUCAACUAACACAGGUUACCGCAGUUGCCACAAUUCUCUCAAGGUAUAUUCCCUAUGUCCAGCUGAACGAUUUACGUACUGUAUCAAGUAUAACCUAUACCUAAGUUAUUCCAUCUUUAUUGGUAGUGAUUUUGCCUAUACCUGAUUUAUUCUCAGUAUUACUUUUAUACUUGGUUUAUUAGUAACAGUGUAAAUGCGUUAAAUUGUCACAUGAAAGUUCACACUGGUGAAACACCUUAUAGAUGUGAAAUUUGUAAUAAUCUGUUUACUGCAAAAAUUAAUUUAAAGGUGCAUAUGAGAAUUCACACUAAUGAAAAACCUUAUAAAUGUGAAAUAUGCUUUAAAAAGUUUUCUCAAAAAGGCGAUUUAAAUAAACAUAUGGCAGUUCACACUGAUGAAAAAAAACUUUAUAAAUGUGAAAUUUGUAGUUAGCAGUUUAGUGAAAAGAAAACAUUUAAUAAACAAAUUAAGAGUUCACAGUGGUGGAAAACAUAAAUGUGAAAUUUGUAAUAAGCAGUUUACUCAUAUAAAUAGUUUAAAAUAGCACAUGGACAAUAUCGGAUGUAACGGUCAAAUAAAUCCUGUCAAAUAUGAAAAAAAUUAAAAACGUCUAUAUUUUACAAAGAAUUUCAAUAAAAUUUGUAUUAUAGCAUAAUGCGAACACAUUUCUAAUCAUAAAGAAACAGCUAACUUCAAAAGUGCAUACAAAACUUUAAAAAAAAGUUUUUGAUUUAUUUUAAACCUAUUUUUAUACAACGGACUUUUUCGGCUUUAACGGACACUCCGUCCCCCCAAUUAGUCCGUUACAUCGAGGUUUUACUGUAUAAUAUAUAAUAUUUAUGCAUUACCGUCGAAGGCCGAUAUGAUCAACCAAAAAAGAAUUAUCACCUAUUUGGUGACUGUCUUUUUAGUUUACUCCUGGCUUAAAGAGAAAAGCAUAAUAAUAAUAUACCUACUAUAAUAAUAUAUAAUACUUAGGUAUACCUAAUAAUAUAAUUAUUAUACUAAUUAAUCUGUUCCCAGUCUCAUAUUGUGUAUAUUUAUUACAAAUUAUUUGAUUAUUUUCU